AGAGCGUUGAAUCUUCAUAGCUAUAUACCAAGAGGUUGCCGGAGUCUGAGACGGGCUGAUAUUUGCAACCUCUGAACGAGACCUAUGGAAGGGCAGGGAAGAUGCCUUUACGAGGUAUUGGGCCUUGACAAAGACGCCAGUCAGGAGGACAUAAAGAAGGCCUUUCGAAAGCUUGCGCUUAAACUGCACCCCGAUAAAAAUCCUGGUGAUGAGGAGGCUGGCUCAAAGUUUCAGUCAUUGCAGCGCAUCUACACCGUCUUGAGCGAUCCUGAGAGGCGCGAGGUUUAUGAUCAGACAGGCAGCCUUGAUGACUCAGAGCAGCUGGCUGGAGAGGACUUUGACAACCUCUACAACUACUUCAGGAACAUUUACAAGGAGGUCACCGAGGAUGAUAUCGAUGGCUUCGCAGCUGGAUACAGGGGCAGUCAAGAAGAGAGUGACGAGGUAUUGCAGUAUUACGAAAGAUUCAAAGGAGACAUGCGCCAGGUGUUUGACUGGGUGAUGUGCUCGGACGAGAAAAAGGACGCUCACAGAUUCAGGGACAUCAUUGUGUCCGCCAUUGAGGAGGGCCGUGCAAAGCAGUUCCCACGGUUCAAGCCCUGGUCUGAAAAGGUGGCAAAGCAGCCCAGGCCCAAGAAUCCAUUGGCGGUGAAGAAGAAGAAAAGCAGCAAAGCACAGGAAAAUGAUCAGCAGCUUAUAGCCCAGAUCAGGGGCACUGGGGCUGCACGCAUGGAGAAUGCAUUUGCGGCGCUUGAAGCAAAAUACUGCAAGCCUGGUGCAAAAGGAAAGAGGAAAGGGAAGGAUGUCGAGCUUGCAGAGGAGGACUUUGCCAAGGCCCAGCAAAAGCUCCAGAGCAGAAAAAAGGAUGGUGCGGCGGUCUUGGCAGACAAGCCAAAGAAGAAGCGUACCUGGUAGGAUGCCGGGCAGUGCUUGAGCAUGCUUGCCCUUUUCUGCUGUUCAAUUUGAUCAGUAAAAGAUGAUGGAUGUUGAUAAAACGAAUGGGAAUGUAGCGCAGUCAGAAAGCUCCUCACACAUCCCCUGCCUGAGGCAGGCUGCCUUAGAAACUAAUUUGACUCACUGCGUCAGGGGUUGAGCGAUGAGACAACAUAGAGUGCUCUUACUGUGCCAUGAAUCAGUGCCUAGAUUGAUACGUCUGCUACAGAUCAGACACUUUGGAUUCGUGUCAAUAAUGAUCAGCAUAUUUGGGGUUGAAUGGGCAUGUAUGGGAAUGAAUGUGCAUGCUUCAUGCAGCGAGGUGAGUGGAGGUUGCAAUUAUGAGAAGCUGAACAUCUGUGGCUUUGAAUUCUGUUUACAUAGAGCAACUGCAGUGACGCAUGCAAGAUGUCGACAUGUCGGUCA